CCGGCUUUUGUACUGGAGGUGAUGGUUGUUGAAUUGUUUGUAUGUUGCCCGAUAAACCUCGAAAGAAGAAUAUCUUAUCAAUUGUGAUGUUGUCGAGUUCACCUACAGUAAUGAAAUGUAAUUAUUAGAUAGAGAAAGACAAUCUUGUCUGGUAUUUUACAAAAACUUUAAUUUUUAACACUAUGGGAACAUCAAGACGACAAAAUAUCAGUUGAAACUGGCCUAGUGGGUGACACGACCUGCAUGCUAGGCUCGGUUUACUGAAAUCAUUGUUGACAAUUUUGUCGCUUGCAUUCAACCAAAUGAAAAGAAGAUUACGGUUAAUUGAGCCCCUAGCUCUUUCUUCGUGAUGAAUCUUAGAAGAGGAAAGGUUGUUGCCGGUUUUAUGAUAAUCGUUUUUAUGAUGGGGUUGCUGUUAAUGAGAAGGCGGCAAAGGGCAGAAGUUUUGUUGAUGCCAAGAAAAAAACUUGAAGCUUGGCAACUUAUUUUAGAGACAAAAGUUGAUGAGCUGAAAAGAAAGUUAAAUGAAGUUGAGUACACAAGCACAUCCAUAUCCCGAGAACUUGUCUCUUUGAACAGUGUUGUCCAAAAGACAUUGCCUUCAAACAAGACAACAAAUAUUCUGUCCCUGCCAAGCAUCUAUGGCUUUCUUCCACAUUUGGUUGCUCAGCCAAAUGGAUUGGUUCCAAAUAUACAUAUCGGAACUAAAACAAGACGGAAAGUCUCUCUGGCAUUUGGUAUUCCAUCAAUUUACAGAGAACAGCAAUCAUACUUGUCUGGAACACUUCGCUCAUUGAUAAAUGGCUUGACAGACGAUGACCGGUCAGAAAUUGUCCUCAUUGUCUUCAUUGGAGAUGCCCCCAGUGUUGCAAAAAAGCGUGUCGAAAAACUGUCAAAAGCCUUUUCUGAUGCCGUCAGUGAAGGCAUACUUGAAUUCAUCGUCCCAAAUCAGGAAUUUUACCCAGAUAUGAAAAACUUGCCGUUGACUUUUAACGAUUCUCCGGACAGAGUUCGCUGGCGGACUAAGCAAAACUUAGACUACUCUUUCAUGAUGAUGUAUGCUCAAAAUAAAGCCCGGUUUUAUUGUCAGUUAGAAGACGACAUUGUGGCAACGCCAGCCUAUGCAAGCACAAUCCUAACCUUCGCAUUACAGCAGGAGAACAAUGAUUGGUUUAUGCUCGAGUUUUCAUCUCUUGGUUUUAUAGGUAAGCUAUUUAAAUCGUCAGAUCUCUCGGUCAUGGUGGAUUUUUUCUUGAUGUUUUAUAAAGACAAGCCUGUUGACUGGCUGUUAGAUCAUAUUCUUUGGGUAAAAGUUUGCAACCCUGAGAAAGAUGGCAAACACUGUAAUUUACAAAAGCAGAGACUUAAGAUUCGGUUCAAACCUUCGCUAUUCCAGCACGUGGGAAAAGUGUCAUCACUUAAAGGAAAAAGACAAGCUCUAGUGGACAAGGACUUCAAAAAUGAACCGAUGUUCCAGGCUCACUUGAAUCCCAAAGCAAUUGUGAAAACAUCCUUCGAAACCUAUCAACGCUACACCGCAGAGGCAGCAUACCUCGGGCAGACCUUCUUCUGGGCGCUCACUCCCCAUGCCGGUGAAGUUUUGCGGUUCUGUUUUAAGAAACCCACAAUUGUCGACAGGUUUAAGUUCAAGACUGGCAUGGUUGACCAUCCAGGAGAUUUGCUUGUGAAUGCGACAGUUGAAGUUUUGACUCAAGCGCAAAAAGAGAAGGCAGAUUCGCUUAAAAAGCAAGUGACUGCAGCUGAGAUAUCCAACCUGCAGGACAAAGAAAGUUAUAUACAAAAUGAAUACAACAGGGAUAUCUACAUAGAGGUGGGGCGAUUCUCUGCAAACGGUCUUGCAGCCAACAAAGUCCCCGACAACAUUGGUGCAAUAGCCGAAUUACGCAUUAGAGUCGUCGAUCAUAAAAACGAAAACUGGGUUGCCCUUAGCGAAAUUCACAUUGUUGAGAAGAAACAAAGAUGACAGAGGCUGGAGUACCCCGGUGCUAAGAGGGCAUUUCCUUCCCAGAAACACUUUUAACCCGGUAUUUCAUAUUUUGAAAAAAGGAUAAGCGGUCUGUGUUCUGGCAGUGAAACCUUCCCUCCUUGUUUCUCAAUAAGGUGCGACGAAUCAUCGGGUUGCUUUUCUCUCCGAGGUACAUCCUUCUUCCAGGAGCAACAGCUGCAUGACAAUGAAUUAUUUGCGAGGCCCAUGUGUACAUGUAAAGGGUACAUUUUUCACGAAAUGUUCUAAACUGUUUAAAUUGCGAUGUCUGAAGAAUGUCUUUCCAAAUUUGCUCUUUCCUUAAACCGGUAAUCGGUGAUUUGAUGGCUGUUAUGGGCGUCCAGAACCAAUGAUUCUCGGAGAGCUAUUGUCAUUGUUAUUGUUAUCCUAAACAGGGAGUUUCUUAUUUGAUAAAAUAAGAAGAGAAUGCCCAGAUUGCACAGAGUCAUUGCAUCUUUUUUAACGGGUAUUUUCGAGGGGUAUCUUAAGAUGAUUUCGCUGUUCCUUUUUAAAGAAAUUUCUAAAAUGUAUCAUCCAAAUAAAGCGUCAAUUAAAAUUAUAAUUUAUUCAUCAAGUCGCAUCUUUUUAUCAACUUACGGACAUUUUUAUUACACGCACGCAGUAUGCAUUGAUUUUGAACUUUAGUCCAUGUAAAAUCGUUUAUAUAAGAUGCUCAUCCUAUAUAAUUUUUUUCAUUUCCAUAUUCUUUACUUUUAUUAUAUAUUAUUAGCAUUUGUUACGUUACUCGUGCCAAAAACGCUUGCCGCGAAAAUUUUCAAAGUGCCCUUGAUUUUGAGCUACAGUGUUGCUUUUUGUCGUAUUAUUGUAGUUUUGUUAUUUAGUUUUUUCUUUCAUUUUCAUAAGUCAUUUUGGCCUUUAAAGAUGCCAGUGUGAGAUCCUAGAUUAUAAGUGAAAAUAUCCUUAAGCUACUGCUCUGCUUUGAUUCCUUCAAAACCCUGUAACAACCCUGGCUUUUCUUGGCCUGACUUUUAAUGAACACAGGCCCAAUUAGUUCCCUUCAACUUGGUUGAUAACUUCAUGGACCAGGCCAGAGAUCCGUUUGCAAACUUUAAAUCUUCUAUUAACCAUAUCUUACCCAAUUUUGAACCAGUUUAACUGAUUUUGCACUUCAAGAUGUAUUUUCAGCUGUUCUUUAGAAUUAUAUGGUCAAAGUGCAAAAAUUCUGAAAAUGUUUUAAUGACGUCACAAUUUGGUACUCUGUUGAACGAUGCCCGACUUCAAAAUUUCAUUCAGAUCUUCAACUCAUUCUAUGAUCAUUUAUUGUUCUUCGAUUUUACCAUCUCUCAGUUACGUUACUCUGACAUAUGUAGAAAUUUUCUGUGACUAUUUUACAUAAUAAUUUAUAUAAAUCUAGGCGUUUCAGUAGAUUUCUGUAACUAGGCAGUUUUUCAAUUGAUUGGUAAACAAAUGGGACCAUUUCAGAAGUAACGGUAGUGAAGUAAGUUUUGAAUUCUUAUAUUGAGUUCUUUCCAA